UGGCCGCGAGCCGGCCGAGGGCCGAGCGCGUCGCUCCCGCGUCCCCACACACCGAGCCCGCCUCGCGUUCGCUGUCGCGGCUGUUGCCCGGGGUUUAGCGGCUCUCGUGCCCCUCCUGGCUCCGCGGCUGGCCUGGCCCAAUGGCGCCUCAGCGGAGGGGACCACCCAGAGUUCCGGAGGGAAGCGCUGCAGCCGAGCGCCGGCGCGCGAACAGCACCAAGAAGGACCGGCUGCCUCGGGAGGCACAGAGGACAUGGCUAAGGACUGUGGCCCUUGGAGUAGGCCUUGCUCUGAUCACAUUCCUGCUCUGGAGUAGUCUGGGCAUCAAUGAUGAUGUUGUUGAAGUCUUGGCCCGUCGCAGUGAGGUCCUAGAAGGCAGGUUCAUUGAGGUUCCCUGCUCUGAGGACUAUGAUGGUCACCGAAGAUUUGAAGGCUGCACCCCGAGGAAGUGUGGCAGAGGUGUCACUGACAUAGUGAUCACCAGGGAGGAGGCCGAACAGAUUCGCAGAAUAGCAGAGAAGGGGCUCUCCCUAGGUGGAUCGGAUGGAGGGGCAUCUAUCUUGGACUUGCAUUCUGGGGCCUUGUCUGUUGGGAAACAUUUUGUGAACCUGUACAGAUACUUUGGCGAUAAAAUACAAAAUAUCUUCUCUGAGGAGGACUUCCAGUUAUAUAGGGACGUGCGGCAGAAGGUCCAGCUCACCAUUGCCGAAGCUUUUGGCAUCAGCGCAUCCUCGCUGUAUCUGACAAAGCCCACGUUCUUCUCCCGAAUCAAUAGCACGGAAGCCCAGACAGCUCACGACGAGUACUGGCAUGCACACGUGGACAAGGUGACCUACGGCUCUUUUGACUACACUUCACUGCUUUACCUAUCGGAUUACUUAGAGGACUUCGGUGGAGGGCGUUUUGUGUUCAUGGAGGAAGGGGCCAACAAGACAGUGGAACCCAGAGCUGGUCACCUCUCUUUUUCUCUCCCUCCAGGUCGAGUCUCAUUCUUUACCUCAGGCUCUGAGAACCUGCACCGGGUGGAGAAGGUCCUCUGGGGCACCCGCUAUGCCAUCACCAUCGCUUUUACCUGCAACCCCGACCAUGGCAUCGAGGAUCCAGUACUCACAACGUGACAAGGGCUAGGUUGGGUCCUGAGGACCAUGGGUAGAAAGAAGCCUGUUGGUGGCGCCCCAGUGUUGGGACGCAGCCCCGUCAACAAAGGCACUCUCCGAGGCCAGGUCGGCGAGCGAGCGAGUGCUCACCGCCCCCCCCCCCCCCCCGCCCCCAUUUCAGCCCAUUGCUGCUGCACAGAGUGCCUUAUGAAUUAGCCUGAGUUUGAUUUGCUGAUGUUUUAAUCUUUUCAUCUGUGAGUAAAUCAGGGAAAGAGCCUCUCAA